AGAUGGAGGCGAUCUCUGCCAAGGAAGGCUUCCCGGGCUCUCCUGAAGGCGCGGGGGAGGCCAUCGCGGUGGGCGUGGAGGGGGAGGAUGCGGAGGACAAGGCGGUGUUGAAGGACGACUCGGUGUCCGAUUCCUCCGAGGCGAGCGACCUCAAGCCCAUCCUCGACGUGAGGGAGCGCCUUCGUCAGGUGAUGACGUCGACCGCUUUUCAGUGGACGGUGGUGGCCCUGGUGCUGCUCGACUCAGGGUUGGUGAUCGGAGAGCUCCUUCUAGAACUCGGAUCCCAUGGCACCCACACCCUGGCACCCUGGAUCCUCCACAUCCUCUCGCUGACUCUCCUUGCCGUGUUUACCUUGGAGAUCGCGCUGAAGCUCUUCGCGUAUCGACUCGAGUUUUUCUCACACAAGGCUGAAGUGUUCGACGCCAUCGUGGUCUUGGUGGCCCUCUGCCUCGACGCCGUCUAUCUGCACGCCGACGACGCCCGCAUCGGCACGGGCCUCAUCAUCAUCCUCAGGAUCUGGAGGGUUGUCAGGAUACAGAACGCCAUGAUGCUCCAGGUGAAACACGUGGCCGACAAGAAACUCAAGGAGGAGCGACAGCGGCGCCUGGCGGUCGAGGAGGAGCACCGGAGACUCCUCGAGUACGCCUCGACCCUCAAGGAGAAGCUCAGGGAACACGACAUCGAUUUCGAGGAAGACACGCCUGCUAGGUGGUAGGUGGGAGAGGGAGAGGGAAAGGGAAAGGGAGAGAGGGAG